UUUUACAAAAAAUAGAUGCUUAUAUCAAGGUUAAUAAUACUUAUAUUUCUAUGGAAAAAGCACUUGAUGACAACCAAAUUAUUGAAACCAUAUUAGCAGAACAAUUAAAAUAUGAUCAAGAUGAUCUGAAUAGCUCUGAUGAAAAGCUACCAAAAAUUUCUCCUGCUAAAGGAUUAAAUAGAUUAAAAACUUUUAUUUUAUUUGCUAAACAAAUAGAUAAUAAUUUUUCUUCAAUAAUAAUAAUUUAG